UCCUAAGUAACUUAGCAAGUACUUCCCGUCAACUUGAAUAUUGCAAUUUCCGCAACCCGGCCAUAUCCGACUACGGCCUUGUCAUGACCCAUUUUCCCUACUAAGGCACACUAUCAUACAAGUGAUCAUCUGCAACCAGCUGCAGCCUGCAUUUGGUUUCCGCCAACGGCCAUGUGAUGUAAUCGUCGAUAUCAUUCCUGCGGGAGAUUGGAAAUGGGCAUGGGCGCCCUUAUGGAUCAUGUGUAUCGAUGAACAUAUGGUCGUUGACUAUACAUAUCUCCUUCAAUUCAACUAUAUAAAUGAUAAGUUGCUUAUCUCCAUAAUAACCAGAACUACACUCGAGAUGGCUACACCUGUUGACUAUGGCGAUUUGGAGUUCACUAGACCCGCCAAACAGAUCAAGGCCGUGAAUCUGCCUGCAAUGCCGCAGCGCAUCUUCGAUGGCAUGAAGCAGUAUGAAGAUGCUGCUCGAGGUUUUAGUACCCCAGGUUUUGAGCGGACAGUCAAGGAUGCCAGCGGGAGAGAAGUUCCAGGAGGCGUCAUUGUCUCGCACAGGCCCGCAGACGCCCAAGUCACUCAGCUGUAUCGCAUGUCAACAGAUCCUUCCAGCACCGAGCUGAGCCGGCUCACCUACUUUGACAUCGGUUCUGGUAGGACGAUAUCAACGUUCUGUAGAAUUCUUGAAGAGGACUGGCGGGGUGUGCGCAGGCGUGGAGGGGCCAUUAUGGUUAUGGAUCUCAACGGAAAUGAACACUUUCAACUAUGGCGUUACUGGGAGGAUUCUCUUGCCGACCAAGUUCUUCCAAAGGUACAAGGAGAGCUGGAUAAUGCGCCUGGUCUGGGACGCAUCGAGAGACUGACCCACGAUGACUAUAGAUACGGUUCGGUUGUUACAUCUCAGACAAACAAGCUCAUGGCCUUUUCGUCGAACAAGGAGAACAACAAGGAUACCCUAGUGUAUGUCACCAGGCUCAUAGACUCCAAUACGGGUGCAAAGGCAGAUACUUCUCCCUUCACUCUGCCCUCGCGUUUAGUCGCACCAAGCACCGGGGAAGGGACGACUAUGUACUACCCGCAGAGUUUUUCCCUCGACGACAAGUAUUUGUUGCUCAAACGAAGUUAUGGCUCGGCGUAUAAUGCUCUAUACGUCGUCGACAUUUCUGGCGAACAGGCGUCACUUCCCAAGCUAAUCGAGUUCCCAGGAGCAACAGAGAAAGCAGAAGAUACCGCGUUCGACCAUGCCUCAUUCUCCCACGAUGCUAAUCUACCCCACUUGAUCUACUGCACCACGAAUGGUUACGGUGAUUUUGCCUCAAUCGUCACUUAUGACCUUGACACGGGGUCGGUCACCCACAUCACCACUUCCAGUGCCGGAAUUCAAGCCAUACGACCGAUUUUGUGGGAAAUCCAGGACCUCAAGGUCACCAGCGACAAUAUCAUAUUUAGCGUCAAUGUCGAGGGGUGGACCUCUCUCUUUGUCAUGCCACUGUCUGGUCCUCACAAGAACACCGUGAUCGAGGUCAAGGUUGCCUGGGAAAGGGGUUGGCUCACCUUCCAAGUGAAUGACCUCAAUGACAAGCCGUACGAAAUGACGCUGCAUCUCACAUCGCACCACUCCAGAGGGCGUAUCACCUACUUGGAUCUUGUUCCAUUGUUGAGCAAUGUCAAGAAAGAUGAAAAUGGUCACGCCUACGUACUCGCUUCUGUCUCACCCUAUGCACAGGCAGAGCCGCCCACACUGGCACAUGAGGUUCCCCCUACACUCAUCAGAUACAAGAGCUUCGAUGGCUUGGAAGUCCCCGCCAUCUAUUACCACCCGGCUGGUCAAUCGGUAACUCCGGUCAUUAUUCACAUUCACGGUGGCCCGGAAUCUCAAGCUACUGCCAAUUACCGCACGUUAUUAUUGUUGAAUGAGCUGAAAAUUGCGGUUAUCUACCCUAAUGUGCGCGGAAGUUCAGGAUAUGGCAAGAAGUACAUGGCCGCGGAUGACGUGCUCAAACGCGAAGAUUCUGUCAAGGAUAUCGGAGCAUUGCUUGACCACAUCACAUCUAACAUGCAGAACGAACUAGAUUCAUCCCGCAUUGCUGUAGCGGGCGGAUCCUAUGGCGGAUACAUGUCCUUGGCGAGUCUGACACAUUACUCCUCGAAGCUUGUCUGUGGUAUCGAAAACUUUGGAAUCGUGCACUGGCCCUCGUUCCUGGAGAAUACCGCAGCUGUCCGGCGUGCGGCACGCAGACGCGAGUAUGGUGAUGAGACCAUCCCAGAAAUUAGAGAGUUCCUCGACAGGAUCUCGCCGAUCAAUAACACCUCUAAGAUCACGGUACCCCUCCUCAUCACCCAUGGCGAGAACGAUACUCGAGUAACUGUGCACGAAGCUGUUAGCAUGUACAAGGUUGUAUCGAAGAAUGUGCAUACCGAACUCGUCAUAUGCGAAAUGGAAGGUCACGGAUACAAACAGAAGAGCGUGAUCGAGUUCACUAAUGCUGCUGAUAUCUUAUUCUUGGAAAGAUUCCUCCUUUCUAAGUCAGUUCUGUAGACUUGGCCUGAAUAUCUUAUACAUAAACAAGGCAGCAGAAUAUAUGUAUUUGACAACAACCAUUUCGCUUGCGAAAGUGAGGCUGAGUCUUGCUUCCGUCUUACUUCCGUCAACUCAACCGCUCACGGACUUUCUUUUGCUGCCCCAUAGUCACAUC